AUGUCGGAGAUCCCCCCCACACACCUUGAACCCCCCAGCAAGACUACAGAGAGGGACGACCCUGGAGCUGAGGAUACCCUCUCGGAUAGCGACGAAGAACAUUUUUCAGAUGCCAGUGAAGGUCAAGAACAACAACCAUCAAGCCCACAUUCUACUCGCACUUCCCCUGUCCCACGCACUCGAGUGGAACGAGUCGACAGUAACCCCCAGCAUGGCGAGGUGCCCGGUACAGAAGCAUACAACAUAAGAGACCAAGAUGCAGUUCCAGAUCAGGUCGAAGUCAUCCCAGAGGGCUCACCAAGUCGUGAUCCCUCGCCCGCGGGGUUGAAUGACCGGCCGACAACCCCAGGUGACUCGCCAAUCCCGCGAACAAUGGUCGAGAAGGUCGACCCAGACUCGCCCAGCUAUGGCGAAGUCCCAGGAACAGAAGCAUUCGAAAAGCGUCAAGCGGAUGCGGUGCCAGAUUUCGUGAAGUCCACCUCCGACCCCGAAAUCAAUUCCUUGCCCAUGGACGAAGAAUCGUCACCACAGCUGCGAGCCCACCACCGAAGGUCUCCGAGCGACGCCACACCUGAUGUCAUAGAAACGGUGCCCGACACCACAAUCACCCCAGAAAUCCCCUUUACUGAGCACGAACAAGCUCCACAAGACAUAGAGGAAGAUGAUUUCGGAGAAGUGAAUCAAGGAGAAGGUGGCGCAGAUGACUUUGAUGACUUCGUCGAAGAGCAGAAUGACAUGGUUGACGAUGACUUUGGAGAUUUCGAUGAUGGCUUCCAAGAGGCUACCAUUUAUGAUGCCCCUACAGGAGACACCACUGCAUCUCAGCAACCUUACUAUCUUCCCUCUGCCCCUCCACUUAUCGACUUCGACGCAUACACGUCCACAAGCGAACUUCUCAGUGCCCUUGAGGGCACCCUUGAUAACCUAUUCCCCGCGUCGCAAGACCUCAGUUCUCUCUCUCCCGUCGAACCUAUCCCCGACUCUGCCGCAAUCUUCAGCACAGAGCGUUCUCUCUCACUAUGGUCCCAACUCGUCGCCCCACCACCCCUCCAACCACAAAACUGGGUCAAAUCCCGCAUUCGACGACUCUUCCUCGUAUCCCUCGGUGUCCCCAUCCUCCCCGCCUCUAAACAAAAGAAGCUCGUCCUCCCCUCCAUUGACCUCGACGGCUCAGGCGCCACAACCCCCAACGGCCGAGCCCGCAGCCAAAAUCGUAAAGAAGGCGAAGACUCACAAAACAGUGCCGAAAUUACAGCCACGACAGGGCAGGCCCCUUCGCGUCAAAAGGCUGCCCGCCGCGGCGCGGCCCCACCCCCAGCAAUCGAACUCUCCUCCGUCCACCGACUGUGUGCGACCACCGACGCUGCCAUCGGCGGCUUGACUGAUGAGGAAUUGAAAUCUCACGUCAAGGAGCUAGAAAAUGUCACCCUGCACGCCAGCGCGGUUUUGGAGUAUUGGCUUAAGCGGCGGGAUGGUCUUGUCAGUGAAAAAGAGGCCUUCGAGGGUGUCAUUGAAAACCUUGUCAGCCAUGUUCGGCGUGUAAGGAAAUGA